GUGACUAUUCUCUCAAAAUCUCUUUGUUGUAGCUGCUGUGGCUGUUUCGCAUCCGGCGCCUUUUCUCUUUAAUUCCCGGUUAUUGAAACCAGAUUUGGUUUUAUGAACGGAAACGUACCGGGAGUGUAGGGCUACUUACAUUGAUUCAAAGGAAGAUUCAAGCGAGGUGUUGUUUUAAAAGGGGGGAUUUGCCUCGGUGUUAAAUCCGGGGCGUCAGAUAAAUCAUAAAACGACCCAGAGCGUGUUGGAAGGACGGACUACGAGGAUGCUGUUGCUGCUUCUGUUGUCGUCUUUGGGAAUUUCGUCAGCCACCGAGGUUUCAUAGAUGACCACCUCGUUUAUUUGGAGUAAAGAGCCUUCAGAAUUGUGUGCUCUGCAUCUAACAAUACCGCUAUAUUAUUUUUGCAUCGCGUCCCGUUGUCAUAGUGCGUGUUCCUUCGUGCAUGCGUCCUUGCUUCUAUGCUGUGCUCUUUCAUUCAACACAAUUUACCCAUCAAUAUAUUCGUAAAAAAGUUGUCGAAGUGACUUAAUUUUGGAUACAUUCUGUGACAGUAGCCUUGUUUGGUUAUCGUCUCCAUCCUUUUCAUCAUGGUUGGAAGCUUGCGACCUGGUCGCUUGCCCGGACCUUUGGCUGCUUAUUCCUUGGCGUUCCUCUGCUUCGUGGCUAUCGCUUCAUUGCCUGGAUCAUUGGCAUCCUACCUACAAAGUGGCGAAUGCAAAGGGAAAGGAAAAGACUGCACAGAUCUGUCGGAGAAGAAGAGCGACCUACGAGUGUGUGACGACUCCAGCUGCCGUUUUGGAGGUGUCUGCAGGGAUGACGGAGCCACGCUGAAGUGUGCGUGCCAGUUUCAGUGCCACAAAAACUACAUCCCUGUGUGUGGCUCCAAUGGCGACACCUACCAGAAUGAAUGCUACCGAAGACAGGCCUCCUGCAAACAGCAGAAGCUCAUAUCACGCUCAUCUGAUGGGCCAUGCUCUGCAGAUACUGGCUCCGGCUCUGGAGACGGAGAAUACGAAGGCUCAGGCACAGACGCGGGGAAGAAGUUCACUAAGUGCGGCACGUGCAAGUAUGGAGCGGAAUGUGACGAGGACUCGGAGGACGUCUGGUGCAUAUGUAACAUUGACUGCAGUGGACACAACGAGAACCCUGUGUGCGCCACGGACGGAAACUCCUACAACAACCCCUGUCUGGUCCGAGAGGCCUCGUGCAUGAAGCAGGAGCAGAUCGACGUCAAGCAUCUUGGGAGAUGCCCAGAUAAAGAGAAAAUGGGGAAGAAAGAUGACGGCAGUUCCUACAAUCUUUUAGACACCGCAGACCCAGGGGAUGGCUUCUACGCCGGGAUGCACAUCCCGUGUGCGGAGAGCUACUCUGGCUUCUGUGUACACGGGAAAUGCGAGAUCAAGUACAGCAUGGCCACCUGCAGGUGUGACUCGGGCUACAAGGGGGCACAGUGCGAGGAGCCCCAGGACUUCAACGUCCUGUAUGUGGUGCCCAGCGGCCAGAAGCUCCACUACGUCCUCAUCGCCGCCAUCAUUGGCGCCGUACAGAUCGCCGUCAUCGUUGCCGUGGUGAUGUGCAUCAUGAGGAAAUGCCCGAAAAACAACAGGGGCCGUCGACAAAAGCAAAACCUCGGACACUUCUCAUCAGACACUAACUCCAGGAUGGUAUAGCUCGUGUUUUUAAAUAUUUUUUUCUUACAACGUGGAACACAAUUUUUUUUUUUAUGUAAAGAUUUGUCAUUUUAUUAUUUUAUUCUUCCAAAAAAUAUAGAAGAAUGAGGAUAUUUAUUUCAGGGACCUUACUUUUCUGUUUCUCUGGUGGAUAUGUAGCGUAUAUUGCAGCGCUAUUUUUUUACAUUUUCCAGCCACAUACUGGUAUGAGGAACCGUCGACCAUUGCCGCUCGUCGCUUACCCUUAUAUCUGCAUUUUUGUUUAGUUGUUUUUUUAUUCCCGUUUGUUUACUUUGAGCUUUUUUUUCCGAAAAUACGGUACCUUCGGAGAACUGGAAAAUGAAUCCCAAGGAAACAUGCACAGCGUAUUGGAAACAAUUAUCUCCAAGACUCUCUCUCUCUCUCUCUCUCUUUCUCUCUCUCUCUCUCUCUCUCUCUCUCUCUCUCUUUCUCUCUCUCUCUUUCUAUGUCUUUUUACAAAUGAUGUGCAGCUGAUCACCAAAAUGACGUUUUUAUUUAUUGGGUGAGGGGGUCAGCCAGCAAGGUGGAUAAUAUGUUUACACUUAUUCUUUGAUAUGUAAUUACAAUUUUAAAGAAUACACUGUGUUUAACUAGCUAAUCAUUUAUUUUGUCAUUUUAUUCAUGGUGACAUUAUUUAAACGUUUACAUUAUUAUUACGAGGAUUCUUUUUCUAAUUCUAGUUACUGUACGGUAUAUUGCAUGACUUGUGAAACUGUGUUCUGUGGUGUAGUUUUAACUUAAAGAAAAGAUGACAAGUCCUCAAAAGCUUUCAUCUCAGCAGCUCUACCAGUCCGAUUAUGCCAGCACAUUAUGAUAAGCCUCCAUGAAAAAUAGAAUUCGGACGGUAGAUUGAUUGAUUUGUCAGUGGGGGAAAAAAGGAAUGUGGCAUUUUUUUUAAAUAAGUCUCCUGUCAGUCUUCUCAAACCAAUCAUACUGGGUUACAUCAAAUAAUUUAUGACUGGAGUUUGACUUUGAUGGUGGAGACAUGAAAGUGGAUUGUAAAUGCGUUGGGGCAGCAUUUUUGGGGGUCUUUUAACUGUCUUACAAUCACAGGAUUGUAAUGAAAGAGCUGUUGACUUUGGGGGAGCAGUGGUAUUUUAUUUAAUGAUACAAAAUGAAGGACUACACAUUGAGAUACUACUAUCAUCCCUUUAGGAUACUUUCAUGUAAUUAAAAACUUAUUGGUUGCCGAAAUGGAUGUAAUCAAGGGUUUUCUUUUGAAUGUGAGGAUGUAAUGCUGUUGUGGUUUCUCCACAAAACGUUACUUACAUUUGCUCCUCAGCAAGACAUUCCAAAAAUACAGAGAAAAUAUUGAAUGGACGAAUGAAUAGGAUGAAAACGAACACUUCCCAGGUCCAAAGUGUGAUGCUUAACCGCCAGUUUAAGUAGUUAUUUAUUUAAUCACUGGGGCCUUUAUGUAAAUGUCUUUAGUCUGCCUACAUCUGGUCGUAGGUCUUUGAGCGAAGUGUUUCUACUUGUUCUUAACCAUCUCAGCCGUGACUAUAAAUGUGACUAGAAUGUGUUUGACAUGUCUUUGAUCUUCUGCAUGUAGGACUUCAUAGGCAAUUUUUGUCCCCAAAAAAUAAAAUGGAAAUGUUUUUUUAA